UUCUUUCUCCUUCAACAUGUGGUUAUCAUUAUUUCAUUGGGUUUAUCUCUUCAUCUUCCAAAACCAUUAACAUAUUCUUCAUUCAUCAGUUAUUUGAGGGCAUAGAGAAAAAAGAUCAUUCAAAACACAAAAGGGCAAUGGCAAUGGCUGCCUCUAACCUUUCUUGCAUUGCUUCUGGAGUUGUCAUCCCUUCCUCAACCACCAUUUCAUCUUCCUCUUCUAGGUUAUCUUCUUUGGCCUUCUUCCCCAAGAACUCCAACUCUAUUUCUAGAUCUUCUCGAUUGGUUAUCCGUGCCUCCGACGAGGCUGCUCCCCCACCCGCUGCUACUGCACCCACUGCCGCCACCACCGAAGAGCCCAAGCCUAAGCCUGCCCCUAUUGGUCCCAAGAGAGGUGCCAAGGUGAAGAUCUUAAGGAAAGAAUCUUACUGGUACAAGGAUGUUGGAUCUGUUGUAACAGUUGACCAGGAUCCCAACACUCGAUACCCAGUUGUGGUUAGAUUUAACAAAGUAAAUUAUGCAAGUGUAUCAACAAACAACUAUGCACUUGAUGAGAUUCAAGAAGUUGCUUAAGCUUUUUUAAUUUGCUUGUGUACUUUUGAGUUAAAAAUGUUUGUAUAAUACUCCAAUUUCAAUCUAUUUCUCCCUCUCUCCAUGAGUGUGUGUUUACUGAUUCUAAACACUGUUUCUCUUCCCUUUUA